AUGGAGUCAACGGCGUUGAACGGGAGGAUGACUAGGUGGCAGAUUCUACUCUUCGAAUUUGAUAUAGUCUACGUAAAUCAGAAGGCUAUCAAAGGGAGCGCGAUAGCAGAAUUUAUAGCCACCAGAGCUUUAGAAGACUACGAACCUCUGAAUUUUGAUUUUCCGAAUGAAGACUUGAUGUAUGUGGCAACCACCGAAGAGGAUUCCUACGAAAGUCAUCAUUGGAAGUCAAACUUUGACGGAGCUUCGAAUGCUGUAGGCAAUGGAAUUGGGGCAGUCCUGGUGUCCCCUAAUGGAGAUCAUUAUCCUUUUACCAGUAAAUUAGAUUUCGAUUGCACCAAUAACAUGGCUGAAUAUGAAGCUUGCAUAAUGGGCAUCCGGGCAGCCAUAGAGCGAAAAAUUAAUAUACUAAAGAUGGCUGAUGCUUUGCCCACUCUAGCUUCUAUGAUCAAAGUGAACAAGCCAGAAGAUUUAAAGCCUAUUCAGAUUAGCAUUCAUGAGACCCCAGCUCAUUGCUACAAAAAUGACAAAAGGACAUUGGGGAGACUGGCUCUUGAUUAUGUCCUGGAUGGGGAGGUUUUGUACAAGUGGGGAAAUGAUCAAGUAUUGUUGAGAUGCGUAGAUGCUGUGGAGGCUAAGAAAAUUUUGGAAGAAGUCCAUGAAGGUAUCUGUGGAACGCAUGCCAAUGGCUUCACAAUGGCCAAAUAG